AGCGCGAGCGAGCGCGGCGUCACUCCCACAAUGCCCCGCACAAUGGGGCCGCCGGGGCCUGAGUCGGAGCCGAGCCUGGCGGGGCCCAGGGGAACGGGAUGAAGAUUUCUUGCUGUUAAAGUCAUAUAAUUGCAAAGGUUCCACCUCUACCUGGACAGCGUAACAGCAAGUCGCCCACAGAUAUGAGUUCUGCUUAACAUGGCCCUGUUCUACUAGGCCUGCCAUGACGGCAUUUUAUACAAGUGUUCCUACCUGGAUUCAAGAUGCAAAGCAGGAGGAGGAGGAGACAGGCUGGAAAUUAGUCCCCAGGCAAAGGGGUCGAGAGGCCGAAAGUCAAGGCAAGUGCCAGUGUGAAAUUUCUGGGACCUCCUUUACCAAUGUGGACAAGCUGAGAACUCACACGUUUGCUCAUACGGAGCAGAGACCUUACAACUGCCCUCAGCUGCACUGUGGAAAGGCCUUUGCAUCCAAGUACAAGCUCUAUAGGCACAUGGCCACACACUCUGCCCAGAAGCCUCACCAGUGUAUGUACUGUGAGAAAAUGUUCCACCGGAAGGAUCAUCUCCGCAAUCACCUGCAGACUCAUGACCCCAACAAGGAAGCCCUCCACUGCCCUGAGUGUGGCAAGAACUACAACACCAAACUAGGCUUCAGGCGACACCUGGCUAUGCAUGCAGCUGCCAGUGGUGAUCUGAGCUGCAAAGUGUGCCUGCAGACCUUUGAGAGCACUCAGGUCCUCCUGGAACACCUCAAGGCUCAUUCCAGGAGGGCAUCUGGUGGAACAAAGGAAAAGAAGCACCCAUGUGAUCACUGUGACAGACGCUUCUACACACGUAAAGAUGUGCGGAGACACCUCGUGGUGCACACAGGGCGGAAGGACUUCCUGUGCCAGUAUUGUGCUCAGAGGUUUGGGCGGAAGGACCACCUGACCAGACACAUGAAGAAGAGCCACUCCCAAGAAUUGCUGAAGAUCAAGACGGAGCCAGUUGACAUGUUAGGUCUCCUAAGCUGUAGCUCAACUGUGGCAGUGAAAGAAGAGUUGAGUCCAGUUUUAUGCAUGGCAUCCAGAGACAUGAUGAGUGGUAAGACCUUUCCAGGCAUGCUGCCUAUGGGCAUGUACAGUACACACCUCCAAGCUAUGCCAAGCUCAGGGAUGCCCCAUUCUUUGGUUCCCAACUCUCUUCCACUUGGAAUGAGUUAUCCUCUGGAAUCAUCUUCUCCUGUCUCCUCCCCACCACAACCUCCUCCGAAGUACCAGCUCGGAUCUACCUCAUAUUUACCUGAGAAACUACCCAAAACAGAGGUGGAGAGCUUUCUGUCAGAGCUUCCUGGCAGUCUGUCUCUCUCAUCUGGUGAGCCUCAGUCCUCCUCACCUCAGCCAGUAACUCUGGACGAGACUCUGCUUUCCAAGAGCCCUGCUAACCUUUCAGAGGCUCUCUGUGCUGCUAACAUGGACUUUUCUCAUCUUCUGGGCUUCCUCCCCCUGAAUCUUCCUCCAUGUAACCCACCUGUGUCAACAGGGGGGCUGGUCAUGGGCUACUCACAGGGGGAAACCCAGCCAUUGCUUACCACUUUGCAACCUCAACCUCAAGAAUCUCCUGGAGCUGGAGGCUCCCUGAACUUUGGUCCCCUUCAUUCAUUACCCCCCGUCUUCACCUCCAGCUUGAGCACAACCACCCUGCCACGUUUCCACCAGGCAUUCCAAUAAGAUGACUGUGGCACUGGUGAGCGGAUCUU